AUGCUGCUGUCCUCCUCUGGCUUUGAUCGUAGAACUGUUGGCAGGAGUUUGCACGUUGACCUUGUCGUCCUGGCUGGAUUCCAUCGUGAAUGGCCAUCGCUGCUGAAGUACUACAGCCACACAGAUGGUGUUAGCUGGUUUGAAGAGUACAAAGCACGGCACAAUGCUGGCCUGGAAGCCCAGAGAAUUGUAGCUUCAUUCUCCAAAAGGUUCUUUUCAGAACAUGUCCCCUGUGAUGGGUUCAGUGACAUUGAGACUCUUGGGUGCCCAAGUCAUUUUUUUGAGGAUGAGCUGAUGUGUAUCCUUAACAUGGAAGGAAGGAAAGGUCUCACUUGGAAGUACUAUGCAAAGAAAAUUCUCUACUUCCUACGGCAACAGAACAUCCUAAAAAACCUGAAGGAGUAUCUUCAGCGCCCGACUGAUCGGCAGUCGUUUCUGGAGGGUGCUGUUUUAAUCGAUCAGUACUGUAACCCCCUGUCAGACAUCUGCUUAAAGAGUGUCCAGGCACAAGUGGAUGAUAUCACAGACAAAGUGCGCAAAGUCCUGCGGACAAGGAACCCGCGGCACCCCAGCUUGGCUUCCAAGGCAGGAGAGGUCCUGAUUCCAGAAGUGGAGCUUCAGCGGCAGGUACUUGAUGCUAUGAAUUGUGUCCUAUAUGAGCAGUUGAAAUACAAAGGGAAUGAACUGGAUUACUACAACUCCCUGAAUUCAUACAUUCACCAGGUUUUGAUCCGCAGGACAGGAAUUCCCAUCAGCUUGUCUGUGCUGUAUUUAACAAUUGCCAGGCAGCUGGGAGUCAAGCUUGAACCAGUGAACUUCCCUAGCCAUUUUCUGCUGCGAUGGUGUCAAGGAAAGGAAGGAAGCACUGAUAUUUUUGACUACACCUACAUUGAUGCCUUUGGGAAGGGGAAGCAGCUGACAGUGAAGGAGUGCGAGUACCUUAUUGGCCACCAUGUGACAGAAGAGUUCUAUGGAGUGGUGACUUCAAAAGAGGUCUUGCAGCGGAUGGUGGGGAAUCUCUUAAACCUUGGCAAGCGAGAAAGCACUGAUCAGUCUUACCAGCUCUUGAGAGACUCAUUGGAUCUAUACCUGGCCAUGUAUCCGGACAAUGUGCAGCAUCUAAUGCUCCAGGCUAGGUUAUACUUCCACCUGGGAAUCUGGCCAGAAAAGGUUCUGGACAUCUUGCAGCAUAUUCAAGCUUUGGACCCAUCCCAGCAUGGGGCCGUUGGGUACCUAGUUCAACAUACCCUGGAGCACAUUGAGCGGCGGAAGGAGGAGGUGGGACCCGAAGUGAAGCACCGUUCAGAUGAGAAGCACAAGGAGGUCUGCUUUUCCAUCGGGCUGAUUAUGAAACACAAGAGAUAUGGCUACAACUGUGUGAUUUAUGGCUGGGAUCCUGCCUGCAUGAUGGGGCAUGAGUGGAUCCGGAACAUGAACGUCCACAGCCUUCCACACGGCCCCCACCAGCCUUUCUACAACGUACUAGUGGAAGAUGGCUCUUGCAGAUAUGCUGCUCAAGAGAACCUGGAAUACAACUCUGAGCCUCGGGAGAUCCCUCACCCUGACAUCGGCCGCUAUUUCUCGGAGUUUACUGGCAUUCACUACCUAGCAAAUACCGAGCUAGAAAUUCGGUACCCAGAGGAUUUGGAGCUCACACGUGCCACAGUUCAGAAGAUCUACAAUUCAGGCAAGGAGUGAAUGCAAAAGGCACCGUGAGGACAGAAGCAGCUGGAGUGUAGCUUUACCCUCUUUGCAAAACUUGCGUGGAAGGCAAGUUUGGUGACAAUCCUUUGGCUUAAUGCAUUGAAAAUUGCAUUGAACUUUGUUAACUGGUGCUAUAGCAUCUUUCUGUUGCCUGCCUGCCCAUUCUGGCCCAAAGGCACAGGGACACAUUGGUAGUUGAGGCCAAGCUUAAGGAUCUUGCAGGGACAGUCGUGUUGAGAAGCGUGUUGUCCUCUGGAAGGAUUUGCACAUCCUACUCGUUCUGUGAUUGUCUUGCCUAGAAGGUCAACUCAGUGAUAUCC